GCUGGUGACUGCAACAGUAAGGAGCAUGGCAGGGACCCUUCCCCUUUGGGACAGUCCGUGCUUCUGGCUGCCUCCUGUUGAUGCUGGGAGGAGCUGGAGCUCCGUGCUGUGUCCUCUCAGCCUUUCUGGAGGGAGAGGAGACUUUCAGCUCCUUCCUGACCGCUUCCUGCUUCCAGCCGGUCCUGCCUUCCCACAUCCUCCCCUGGCUCGACAUGGGCUGGGAAGCCUCCACCGCAGGGCCCCCUCCCCGGGGGGGGUCCCCUCCUGUCACCCACUGCCGCAGAGCUGGCUCUGCUCUUCUAGGAAAGCACAUCUCGAGGCUCUUCCCAGCCCGCUGCUCUUGCGGCAGCAUGUGGAGCCUUUGCCAGCUUCGGCUCCGAUUGAGCUGGGGGCCAUAAAAACAUGGUGUGAUCUGCUGCUUCUGCUGAGAGAUCCCUCGAGGUCUCCGGAGGUGGCCAGGAUGGCGCAGUGGAACCAGCUGCAGCAGCUCGACACGCGGUACCUGGAGCAGCUCCACCAGCUCUACAGCGACAGCUUUCCCAUGGAGCUCCGGCAGUUCCUGGCCCCGUGGAUUGAGAGCCAGGACUGGGCGUACGCUGCCAGCAAGGAGUCGCAUGCCACGCUGGUGUUCCACAACCUGCUAGGGGAGAUCGACCAGCAGUACAGCCGCUUCCUGCAGGAGUCCAACGUCUUGUACCAGCACAACCUGCGGCGCAUCAAGCAGUUCCUGCAGAGCAGAUACUUGGAGAAGCCGAUGGAAAUAGCCCGCAUCGUGGCCCGCUGCCUGUGGGAAGAGUCCCGGCUCCUCCAGACGGCUGCUGCAGCGGCCCAGCAAGGGGGACAGGCAACACAUCCCACGGCGGCGGUAGUGACCGAAAAGCAGCAGAUGCUGGAGCAGCAUCUGCAGGAUGUGAGGAAGAGGGUGCAGGAUCUGGAGCAGAAGAUGAAAGUGGUGGAGAAUCUCCAGGAUGACUUUGAUUUUAACUACAAGACUUUGAAAAGCCAAGGAGACAUGCAGGAUCUGAAUGGAAACAAUCAGUCUGUGACCCGGCAGAAAAUGCAGCAGCUGGAACAGAUGCUCACGGCGCUGGACCAAAUGCGAAGGGGUAUUGUGAGCGAGCUGGCCGGGCUGCUGUCAGCCAUGGAGUACGUGCAGAAGAUGCUGGCAGAUGAGGAAUUGGCAGACUGGAAGAGGCGGCAGCAGAUCGCCUGCAUUGGCGGCCCACCGAAUAUCUGUUUAGACCGGCUUGAGAACUGGAUAACCUCUCUUGCCGAAUCACAGCUACAAACCCGGCAGCAGAUCAAGAAGUUGGAAGAACUGCAGCAAAAAGUGUCUUACAAGGGUGACCCAAUUGUCCAACACCGGCCCAUGCUGGAGGAGCGGAUUGUGGAGCUCUUCAGGAACCUGAUGAAAAGUGCUUUUGUCGUGGAGAGGCAGCCCUGCAUGCCCAUGCACCCCGACCGGCCCCUGGUCAUCAAAACUGGGGUGCAGUUCACCACCAAAGUCAGGUUGUUGGUCAAGUUUCCAGAGCUGAACUAUCAGCUGAAAAUUAAAGUCUGCAUUGACAAGGACUCCGGGGAUGUUGCAGCACUUCGGGGGUCGCGGAAGUUUAACAUCCUGGGGACAAACACCAAAGUCAUGAACAUGGAGGAGUCGAACAACGGCAGCCUCUCAGCAGAGUUCAAGCACCUGACCCUGCGGGAGCAGCGGUGUGGUAAUGGAGGCAGAGCCAACUGCGAUGCCUCGCUGAUCGUCACCGAGGAGCUGCACCUCAUCACCUUUGAGACAGAGGUGUAUCACCAGGGUCUGAAGAUCGACCUGGAGACCCACUCGCUGCCUGUGGUGGUCAUCUCCAACAUCUGCCAGAUGCCCAAUGCCUGGGCGUCCAUCCUGUGGUACAACAUGCUGACCAACAACCCCAAGAAUGUGAACUUCUUCACCAAGCCUCCCAUCGGGACCUGGGACCAGGUGGCAGAGGUGCUGAGCUGGCAGUUCUCCUCCACCACAAAGCGCGGCCUCAGCAUCGAGCAGCUGACGACGUUGGCAGAAAAACUUCUAGGGCCAGGUGUGAAUUACUCUGGCUGUCAGAUCACCUGGGCCAAGUUCUGCAAGGAGAACAUGGCUGGCAAAGGCUUCUCUUUCUGGGUCUGGCUGGACAACAUCAUUGACUUGGUGAAAAAGUACAUCCUGGCGCUGUGGAACGAAGGGUACAUCAUGGGGUUCAUCAGCAAGGAGCGGGAACGAGCCAUCCUGAGCACCAAGCCCCCGGGAACCUUCCUGCUGCGGUUCAGCGAGAGCAGCAAGGAAGGCGGCAUCACCUUCACAUGGGUGGAGAAGGACAUCAGUGGGAAGACCCAGAUCCAGUCUGUGGAGCCUUACACCAAGCAGCAGCUGAACAACAUGUCGUUUGCGGAGAUCAUCAUGGGCUACAAAAUCAUGGAUGCCACCAACAUCCUGGUGUCCCCCCUGGUGUACCUGUACCCAGACAUCCCCAAGGAGGAGGCGUUUGGGAAGUACUGCCGCUCUGAGAGCCAGGAGCACUCUGAAGCUACUGACUCAGGUGCUGCUCCGUAUCUGAAGACCAAAUUCAUCUGCGUCACCCCCACCUCCUUCAGCAACACCAUCGACCUGCCCAUGUCCCCGCGCACCCUGGACUCGCUCAUGCAGUUCGGCAACAACAGCGAGGGAGCAGAGGCCAACGCGGGGGGGCAGUUCGAGUCGCUGACCUUCGACAUGGAGCUGACCCCGGAGUGUGCGUCUUCACCCAUGUGAGGUGCUGCCAGCGCUCGCGGGGUCCAGCCAGGGCUCGGGCUCCCCGCCUCCGAAGAGCCCCCCGCUCUCACCUGGCUCGGUCACGGUCGCUCUGGACCUUUCCUCAGAUGGAGCUGGGGGCCGGGGGCGUUGCCACUGUUCCUUGUUUGACCCAAAUGAACACCCCCCCCUCUCCAGGAUGGUGCCGUUCGUCUCUUCGGGGGGAGGGGGGGGAUGAAUCUUUUUCUAUUUCCUUCCGUAACAGUUUUUUUUUUUUAUUAUUGUUUUGCUCAUUCAAGUGCCUAUUAGCCUCCGACCGCAGCCUCAGUUUUUACAGACGCUCCUGCAGCCCCGGGCACGCUGCCUGCUGUUGAAAGCUGCUUUCCUGACUGCCAAGAGUCCAAAAGCCUGUGACGAUCUUACACCCCCGGAUUUGCCCCCAGCGUGGACCUGAUGCGUUUUGCAGGGGCGGGGGUCUGCCUUGCACUGCCCCAGCCGCCCUCCCAGUGCUGGCGGAGGGCAGGGGGCUCUCCUCCCGACACCUUGGGCUCCGCUUUUGGCCAGGAGGAGCAGCGCACGCCUCGGAGCUGCAAGGUGGCUGAGCCCAGGGAGGGCAACGCUCCUGAUGGGCUCAGCCUGGGCUUCGCUGGGAGCAGGGAGUUUCGGUGACCACCUGGGCUCGCCACCGGCUUCCCGCUGCAGGCACAGGGAUCUGGCUGGCCCCGGGGCUCCUGCUGGGGUGAGGGGUUUCGCUUCGGUGCAAAGAUGCCCUGGGGCAGGGCAGUGACACGUCCCGCCGACACCAGCGCGUGGCUCUUGGGUCUCUUCUGGGACCUGGCUAUAACCAGAGGCCGCCCCACCGGCGGCUCGCCCCAUGGCCGGGCUGGUGCCACGCUUCCCUCGCUGGGCAGUCGGACCCGUGGCACCCCGAGGGGAGGAUGGGGAGGCAACUGGAUCCAGCGUGACCUGCAGUGGGUGGCCUGGCCUGGCCCUCGACUCUCUGCUAUGGCGUGUGAGCUCCCAGGAAGGGGCUUUGCAGCUUCUCAGGGGGCUUCGUGUGGCAUUUUUGUUGGAGGUUGGCUGUCACGGUUAAGGCAGGAGGUGGCACGAGUUGAAAGGAGCAGGAUGGACAUAGAGGAAUCUGCUGUUGGCCAGUGCUGGAUGGAGAUGCGGGGGGUGCAAAGGGCAGGUUUCCUUGCUGCGGGGGGGUUGAGGAAAGGUGGGAGUAGUUCUGGCUGGUGGUUGUGGUUCUCUAUUUACCAAAACGGGGGGAGCCCUUCUGCCCCCUCCGUGCAGCGGGCGUGCAGACACCCAGUGAGCAGGGAAGGGGAGGGAGAGGCAGCAGGAGAGCUGCUGCCCCCCAAGCAUCGUGUGGUAAGGGGGCUGCAACUGCUCCGGGAGGGGGGGUGGGGGGUGGCACGAGGGGGCUGGGCUGUGCUCGGCCAGGACCAGUGCUCUGGUGCGGGGCUGCGGGAGCUGUCGGUGCUGAGGCUGUGGGUGACAUCAGCGGAGAAACACCUUGGUGGGCACCAGCCCUGGGCUUUACAGGUGUCUGAUGUGUCUUGAUUUGGCCCUGGGUGGAGAGAAACCCUCAGUCGUGUGUACCAGCAACGCUGCUGGGGUGCGGCGUGGACCCCUCACAGGGCUCUGGCUUUUCUGCCCAGUAAAGACCCUGGGGUGUCCCCGCAGCCCCCCAGCUGUGGGGUGUGCUGCCAGUGCCGUGGGGUGUCCCCACAGCCCCCCAGCUGUGGGCUGCGCUGCCAGUGCCGUGGGGUGUCCCCGCAGCCCCCCAGCUGUGGGGUGUGCUGCCAGUGCCGUGGGGUGUCCCCGCAGCCCCCCAGCUGUGGGCUGCGCUGCCAGCAUCGCAGCCUGCAGGCAGGGGGCAGGGGGUAGGACCCCCAGGGGGCGAGGGCUGUGGGGCUGGCCCUGGGGACAGCGAUGCCCUUUGGACUGGGGAGGUGCUGGGAGGGGGUGAGGGCCCCUGUGCUCCUCCAGCUGCAGUCACUGUAGCCCUGGGCAGCAUUCAAUACUGUAAAAAAACUUUAUUUUUUUGUAUAUUUUAUUGCUGUAUCUACAGGCUUUAACCUUCUCUGAAAUAAAAAGGCUCUGAAGCGA